CCUUGCAGUGGCCUUUAGUGGUGACUACUUUGAUCACGUGCUGGGCUGGUGGGAAAUGAGGGAAGAUCGCCACUUUCUCUUUGUCAAGUACGAAGAUAUGAAAAAGAAUAUUCGCUCGUCACUGAGGACUAUAGCAGCCUUCUUGAAGAAAGAACUGACCGAUGAACAACUGACCCUUAUCCUGAACAGCUGCAGCUUAAAGUCAAUGAGGGAGACAUUGUCAGAAUCUGGUACAUGGAGAAAGGACGUCGUCAGGAAAGGUAUUGUCGGAGAUUGGAAGAACCACUUCUCGGCCGAGGAGAGCGCCAGGUUUGACCAGAAGUACCGUGAACGGAUGGCGGGAACAGGGCUGGAGUUUGAGUUUGAGUAGCGACCCAAAUAGCCUGUAACUUAGAAAUAUAGGAUAACGAUUUUCAAAAAGCAAAACAUUGCUCAAAUAUUCACAUGCAUCUUGGUGCAUUUUAUGGUAGUGCAGAAUGGCUGAGUAUGAGAUCUGAAAAUGUGUCGUUUGUUUGCUGAGUAUCACCAUUGUCUGAAAAAACACAUUUGGACUAUCUCAGGUAUUCAUCUAACAUAUUUGGAUUUGUGAAAAUGUCGAA